CGAGUUAAUGUUCAAUAAAGGUUGUUAUAAAAAAGAGAAGAUCUUUGCACCCGGAAGGAAAAGCCCAGAAUGAGGAGAAGCGCCUCUCUCUACAGAGCAGGAGAUGGAUGACAGAAACCUUCAGCAGGACUUUGAGGACCAGUUCAAUGAUGUGGUCUCCAGACUGCAGUCCAAGCAGAUGUUCCAGUCUGAUUGGGACAUCGCUUCGUUUGCAGUCUUCUUCAUCUUCAUCGGUGUGGUCCUUACUCUGGUCAUCCUGGUCCUGAUCCGCUGCUGCUGCUGCUGCUGCUGUGAUGAUGAAAAGCCUCGCAGGAGAAUGGUUGGCAUAGAGAACUACGGGCUGCAGCCCUGAGUACCGACCCAGUCAUGGAGCAGAACCUGCAAACCGCCUUCCUGCUGCUCAGGACACCCAGCUGGAAUUA